AUGAUCGAGGAAUACAUCACUAAGUGUGAAGAAAAUAUGGAAAGCGUCGACAAAGAGAUGGAAGAAGUGAGCGAAGGUGUUGAAGUGUUGAGGAAGAUGAAUGAAGACCAGGCGCGGAUGAUGACUAAGUUUAUCACAGAAAAAACACUCGAAAUGAAUAAAACACUUAAUGGAAAUGGAGCACAAAAGGAAUACUAUAAAGACGUUUUAAAAAUUGUGAACGAGUUGAAAGAAUUGAUGUAUGAAGAGAAAAACAAAAAUAAACAACAGACAAAAGAGAUAUUUGUAAUUCAAGACGACGAAGGACAAUGUGAGCCAAUAUUGAUAGAUGACUGUCAAACAAUUGCUUCGGAUGCAACAACGAAUACAGUCGAUUCAAUUCGCUCAAACAACACAACAAAAACGACACUUUCAAACAAUACCUGGGACUUGGUGCCUAUUGCAAAGCAUUGA